UGAUUCUGGUACUUCUAUAAAAGCCUGGUGAUCCAUGUGGGGUACAUGAAUUCGGGCAGUAGGAAAAAUGAGUGUUUGCAUAAAGACUGCCAUCUUUAAAUUCACUGUCUUUCUGCCUGUGUGUCUGGCUUUUCCAGUGCCUCCUGCAACAAAAUUUGAAGGAUGGGACUUUGUCAAGGACUAUUUCCAUCCAUUUUUCCUGAUGAAGAAGGAGUCACCACUUCUUGCCUAUGAGGAGAAGACAAAGUUCACGCAGCCGAUUGAUCAAAAUGGAACAGGCCUAUUAGAUGAGAAGAUUGUAACAGUGAUGCACCAGCCUCGCUGUGGGGUACCUGAUGGGAUUCAUCACUCUACCAACCCAGGAAGGCCCAAGUGGAAUAAGUCCAGUCUGACUUACAGUAUCAUCAAUUAUCCAUAUGGCAUGAGGCCAUCCACAGUGAGUGGCAUUAUAGGUGGCGCAAUUUCCGUCUGGAGCAGUGUGACCCCCUUGAUGUUUCAGCAAGUGGAGAGCCAGGAUGCAGACAUUGAGCUUUCAUUCCGGAAGAGGGCCCAUGGAGACGGCUGGUCCUUUGAUGGGCCAGGUGGCAUCUUAGGCCACGCCUUUUUACCAGAUUCUCAAAGUCAAGGAGCUGUUCAUUUUGAUAAGGAUGAACAUUGGUCAACUUCAAACAGAGGAUUUAAUCUGUUCCUGGUUUCCAUUCAUGAGAUUGGUCAUUCUCUGGGUCUGCCACACUCUACGAAUCGGAAUUCCAUAAUGUAUCCCACCUAUUGGUAUCAGAAUCCUAAAAAAUUUCACCUCAGUGAUGAAGAUAUCCAAAGAAUCCAGCAACUCUAUGGAGGAAAGUAUUCAUCUGCAAUUCCCUAAUGCUGUCAUGGAAGAGUCAUUCAACAUGAACUUUCAGUGCCUUUACUGAAGGAUCAAAGAAUUCGAAGCACAGAAGCAGCCUUGGGGACAGGAACCAAGUUCUGAAGAAUAGAAUUUAAGACAGUUGAUUCAAGACUGAGAGCAUGUGUGGGUCACAAUAAAGAUGGCUUUGUUAGAUUGCCAAUUUGUCUUCACAAUUUGAUACAUCUCAGCAUUUGAUAUACCCAAGCACCAUGAUCAUGAGAGAAGAAAAGAAUACAGUGGUGUGGAUGACUCUAGCAUGGAUGGUCAUGAAACUAGAAUUAGAUGCAAGAUAAGGAAUGAAAAUUAGGAAUAGGACUUUGGUAGGUUACUACAUGGGUAGAGUUUAAGGAAUGCUGUAUAUGCUCUAUUCAAGAUGUUAGCUUUUGAGGCUAAUUGUUGGGGUUCAUGGUUUAUUCAUUUAUGAGCUAAGAGAAUUUGAUCAAUUUAUUUCUUUAUGACUCAGAUUCCACAUUUAUUAAGUAAUUAUAAUAACUUUAUUGACAUAGGUCUAGGUGAUAUAUAAUAAACAAAACUCAUUUCACUUGUUGGUGGCUAUGAUUAAUAUUGUUGAGAUACUAGAUGCAAAUUUAUAACUGCUUUCAUUUAGGGGAAGAAAUUCUGGAUGGAGAGUUUGGAAAUGUAGGUCUUCAGCACAUGAUGAGACACAUAGUAGAAGCCACAGAGAGUGAUAUACAAGGGUGUCAAACUGAAGGAUUGCUCCAUUCACCUACCCAGACAUAGGCAUUUGUCUUCCUAUUUUAGAAUCAAGGUGAUUCAUGAAAUAGUGUAACAUAAUGAUUUAUUCUGAUUCAUGUACUACUAUCCCUUUGGUAAUGAAAAACCUGAAAGGAGGAAAUUAAAUUUUGGGUGAUAAGCUGAAGUGAAGAAGUUCUGUCAAGGAAGUGAGACUAGUAGACUACAUUUAGUAAUCAAAUAGAUUGGGAGAGGUACUAUUACUAGUGCAUAAAAAGGG